CAGUCAGCAGUUCAGCACGCUGCCGCCGCGAGGGUUGGCGACGCCGCGGGCGGCGCGCGAAGCAAAUGGAGCGCGAUUUUGGCGGAUAAAUUUGGGCGCGCGGAGGCGGGAGGAGCGGGAACCAAAUCGCGGAGCCGCUUCCAACCUCAGGUCUCACCCCAAACUCGCCGCCGCCGCCGCCGCCGCCAUGGAGAGGAAGCAGGCGGAGUACAGCAACCUCGACGAGAGGUACGCGAUCCAGGGGGAGAAGUACCAGGGGCAGCAGUACAGCCACAUCUACUUCACGCGACUCCACCACAUGCGCAACCUCCUCCACGCCCUCGUCCCCUCCUGGAAGCCGCACCUUCCUGUUACUACUGUGUUGGGACUUGAAGAAGGAAAGGAUUGCAUAAUCGUUGGAACUUUAUAUAAGCACAUGAAAUUAAAGCCUUCCAUUCUUGAUGAAUAUUCUAAGGAGAGGUCUGCUAUUCCUCUUGUUAAACCACACAAUUUCAUGCAUCCUGAUGAUCAUCUCAUUCUGGAAGAUGAAAGUGGGAGAGUUACACUUGCAGGAGCCAUACCUCCAGCAGCAUAUGUUACUGGAGUUGUAAUAGCUUUACAUGGGAAAGAAACAAGUGCUGGCAACUUUCUUGUUGAAGAUAUUCUUGAGGCUGGGAUUCCUCCUCAAAUUACGUUACCUAGCAUAAACGAGGACAAAUAUGUGGUAUUUGUGUCGGGAUUAAGUAUUGGGAGUGAAAAAUUCAAUCCUCUGCAAUUCCAACUUCUUAUAGACCAUAUCACAGGGCAUUUGGGUGAUGAGAAUGAGCAAUCCAUAGCAUCCAACAUAGUACGUGUUGUGGUGGCUGGGAAUUCGGUACAUAUUUCUCCAAGAUUCUUCAAUGGUCAGGCAGUAGCAUCGAAAGAUCAAUCCAGGAUAGCUGAACCAAUCAAAGAAUUGGAUAUAAUGCUCACUCAGCUUGUGGCAUCAUUGCCUGUGGACAUGAUGCCUGGAUCUAAUGACCCAGCAAAUUUUUCUUUGCCUCAACAGCCUUUGCAUAGAUGCCUUUUUGCUGGAGCAGCCACUUAUAACACUUUUUCAUCGUGCUCGAAUCCACAUCAAUUCGAGCUUGAUAGUGUCCGGUUUAUUGGAACAUCUGGACAGAACAUAGAUGACCUCUACAAGUACUCUGAUGCCAAAGACAAGCUGGAAUUCGUGGAAAGAACACUGCGGUGGCGUCAUCUUGCUCCAACUGCUCCAAACAGUCUAGGAUGUUAUCCAUACACAGACAAGGAUCCUUUUCUCGUUGAAAGCUGUCCCCAUGUUUACUUCGUCGGGAAUCAAGAUAAAUAUGAAACUCAAUUAUUGCAAGGGCUAGAAAAACAAAAAGUGAGGCUGAUCUGCAUUCCAAGAUUUUGUGAUAGUGGAGUUGCUGUCAUGCUCAAUUUGAGGAACUUGGAGUGCAGCACGUUGAGUUUCUCAACAAGCUUCGAUGCUUGACCAUGCUCUACUUGUCUGGAGUGCAAGUGAGUUGAUGUAGCAUGCUGCUGUGGACAUCUUAAUCCUGAACUGGCGCAGGGUUGUCUAAAGGAUGUACUUGUAGUUCUUUUUUUAGAUUGUGAUGACCUAGGUUUCUCCAAUUAGAUGUGUUGAUAUAAUUGCCUAAACCUCGAUGUAUCAAAAGCUGAAAUAGAGGGUGCACGGUUUGUACUAAACAAAAAGAAGCGUAUGCUUCUUUUCUCGGUAUGAGUAUCCACAGCUGAUUUAUUCGUCAGAUGUUGUAUUCUUUCUCAUCAGUCUUAGAAAAUGUAUAUUUCGGAUCAGAUAUGCAGAUGCAAAAUUGCACAGCAGACAGCAGAGUAAAUUAGAUUACUGCUAGUCUCUAGAAGUUUAGCUUGAGUUAGAUGUCUUCCCCAGGUUGCAGAAGAUGGAGUUGUUGUUCAACAUGAACGGGAAGAGUUAAGAGUAUUUUUCCCCUAA